CGACAGGUUCAGGGCGCUGCAUCAGUCGCAUCCUCUCGCACUAAAUUGAGCGGCGGAUUUUCAUCAAGCCACAGUCACUACUUUCAGGUAGUGCUACGGCGCGGAGGGAGACAGUGUCCGAAAGAAGAGACGCGUUCCAGUGCGGUUUCAGUUUUGCCGGCUCUGGUAUAACGGAGGAGAGCAGCAUUCAACACCGCCGGCAUCCUCAACCCCCGGCAUUGCCCUGCUCUCUGUUUCAUUAAUUUUAUUCGCCUUUAGUCUUUUUAAAGUUCACACAUAAUAGCUUUAUGUUCCGAGGAAAGACUCAUUUCCAAAACCUGUGUCAACUUUAAACACCAGCGGGCUGACAACGUCUCUGAAGAAACCAGACUGAGUGCGCAACCAUGGGGUAUGGACGAUCAGACAGUUACCGCGUGGCUACCACGCAGGACAAAAAUGAUGGUGGAUCCCCCGACAAGAAUAAAAAAGGGGGGAAGGAUCUGGAUGAUCUGAAGAAGGAAGUGCCCCUGACGGAACAUAAGAUGUCAGUGGAAGAAGUGUGUCGGAAGUUCCAGACAGAUAUCGUUCAGGGUUUGACCAAUGCCAAGGCAGCUGAGUUUCUUGUACGUGAUGGUCCGAACGCCCUCACGCCUCCCCCAACCACUCCGGAAUGGGUCAAGUUUUGCAGGCAGCUGUUUGGAGGCUUCUCCAUCCUGCUGUGGAUCGGUGCCAUUCUCUGCUUUCUGGCCUAUGCCAUCCAGGCUGUCACUGAGGACGAUCCCGCCGGGGAUAAUCUGUAUCUAGGUAUCGUGUUAUCAGCUGUGGUCAUCAUUACCGGCUGCUUCUCCUACUUCCAGGAGGCCAAGAGCUCCAAAAUCAUGGAGUCAUUCAAGAACAUGGUGCCCCAGCAAGCAUUGGUGAUCCGUGAAGGAGAGAAGAUGCAGAUUAAUGCAGAGGAGGUUGUUGCAGGAGAUCUUGUGGAGGUGAAAGGCGGUGACAGAAUUCCUGCUGAUCUCAGAGUCAUUUCCUCUCAUGGAUGCAAGGUUGACAACUCUUCCCUUACUGGUGAAUCCGAACCACAAACACGAUCACCUGACUGCACCCAUGACAAUCCUCUGGAAACCCGCAACAUUGCCUUCUUUUCCACUAACUGUGUUGAAGGUACUGCCCGUGGCAUUGUCGUAUACACUGGUGACCGUACAGUGAUGGGCCGCAUCGCCACUCUGACAUCGGGGCUGGAGACAGGAAAGACCCCUAUCGCCAAGGAGAUUGAGCACUUCAUCCACAUUAUCACAGGAGUAGCCGUCUUUCUUGGCGUCAGUUUCUUUGUCCUGUCAAUCAUCCUAGGCUACAGCUGGCUGGAGGCUGUCAUUUUCCUCAUUGGCAUUAUCGUGGCCAAUGUGCCAGAGGGGCUGCUGGCUACUGUCACUGUGUGUUUGACCCUGACGGCUAAGCGCAUGGCAAAGAAGAACUGCCUGGUAAAGAAUCUGGAGGCUGUAGAGACUCUGGGCUCCACCUCCACUAUCUGCUCAGAUAAAACUGGAACCUUGACACAGAACCGUAUGACCGUGGCCCAUAUGUGGUUCGACAACCAGAUCCACGAGGCUGACACCACUGAAGACCAGUCCGGUGCAUCAUUUGACAAGACCUCACCGACCUGGGUGGGUCUGGCUCGUGUUGCGUCCCUGUGUAACAGAGCAGUAUUUAAGGCUGCCCAGGGCGCUUUACCAAUCCUAAAGAGGGAUGUGGCAGGUGAUGCUUCUGAGUCCGCCCUGCUCAAGUGCAUCGAGCUCUCAUGCGGCUCCGUUAAACAGAUGAGAGAAAAGAACAAGAAAGUGGCUGAGAUUCCAUUCAACUCCACCAACAAAUAUCAGCUAUCUAUCCAUGAGACUGAAGACCCCAAUGAUAAUCGUUACCUGCUGGUGAUGAAGGGGGCUCCAGAGCGUAUUCUGGAUCGCUGCUCCACCAUCAUGCUGCAGGGCAAAGAACAGCCCAUGGAUGAGGAGAUGAAAGAGGCCUUCCAAAAUGCUUACCUGGAGCUUGGAGGACUGGGAGAAAGAGUGCUGGGAUUCUGCCACGUCUUGAUGCCCGAGGAUCAGUACCCCAAAGGUUUUGCCUUUGACACAGAGGAUGUUAACUUCCAGACAGAUAACCUAUGCUUCGUGGGUCUGAUGUCCAUGAUUGACCCACCACGUGCUGCCGUGCCUGAUGCAGUGGGCAAGUGCCGCUCAGCUGGUAUUAAGGUCAUCAUGGUGACCGGAGACCACCCCAUCACUGCCAAGGCCAUUGCCAAGGGAGUAGGCAUCAUCUCUGAAGGCACAGAGACAGUGGAAGACAUUGCAGCUCGUCUCAACAUCCCAGUCAGCCAGGUCAACCCCAGGGAUGCUAAAGCCUGUGUGACCCAUGGCACAGAACUUAAGGACAUGUCUCAGGAGCAAAUUGAUGAGAUUCUGCAAAACCACACUGAAAUUGUUUUCGCCAGGACCUCUCCCCAGCAAAAGCUUAUUAUUGUAGAGGGUUGUCAGCGACAGGGAGCUAUUGUCGCUGUAACUGGUGAUGGUGUGAAUGACUCUCCAGCUCUGAAAAAGGCUGAUAUUGGUGUUGCCAUGGGGAUUGCUGGGUCCGACGUGUCUAAGCAGGCUGCCGACAUGAUUCUCCUGGAUGACAACUUUGCCUCUAUCGUUACUGGUGUAGAAGAGGGUCGUCUGAUCUUUGAUAACUUAAAGAAAUCCAUUGCCUACACUCUGACCAGCAACAUCCCUGAAAUCACACCUUUCCUCUUCUUCAUUAUUGUUAACAUCCCUCUGCCCCUGGGUACCAUCACCAUCCUCUGCAUCGAUCUGGGAACAGACAUGGUUCCUGCUAUCUCAUUGGCAUAUGAGGCAGCUGAGAGUGACAUCAUGAAGAGGCAGCCCAGGAACCCAAGUCGGGACAAACUGGUGAAUGAGCGUCUCAUCAGCAUCGCCUAUGGACAGAUUGGUAUGAUCCAGGCUCUGGGAGGUUUUUUCAGCUACUUUGUGAUUUUGGCUGAAAACGGUUUCCUUCCCUCUCACCUGGUGGGCAUCAGACUGUUAUGGGACAACCGCUCUGUCAACGAUUUAGAAGACAGCUAUGGUCAGCAGUGGACCUAUGAGCAGAGGAAGAUAGUGGAGUUUACAUGCCACACAGCUUUCUUUGUCAGUAUUGUGGUGGUACAGUGGGCUGAUGUAAUUAUCUGCAAGACCAGGCGCAACUCUGUCUUCCAACAGGGAAUGAGGAAUAAGAUUUUGAUCUUCGGCCUAUUUGAGGAAACAGCUUUGGCUGCCUUCCUGUCCUACUGCCCAGGCAUGGAUGUGGCACUUAGAAUGUACCCAUUAAAACCUUCCUGGUGGUUCUGUGCAUUCCCGUACAGUUUCCUAAUCUUUGUGUAUGAUGAAAUCCGAAAGCUUCUCCUGCGCCGAAACCCUGGAGGUUGGGUGGAAAGGGAGACAUAUUAUUGAUCAACAAAUUGUUCUUUACUCACACCCCUACAUCUUCCAUUUUUCUUCUACUCCUUUUCCUCCCAUUCCUGUUCAGGAUGCACAGCCAUGCUCUCCCCAUUUCUCAUUCCCCAUUACAAGAGACAACAGCUUAGAGCCAACACCCUGUCCGCCCCAAAGAAAACUGCGACACACCUUUUAGAUGUCUGUGUCCUUGACCCACCUGCCCCGUCCAGCUCCCAUUGCCCCUGUAUUACUCUUUGCAUGUCUUUUCACUUGGGUGUGUACAUAAAGUCUAUUAUAUAUUUACCAGUGGCAGCUGCAUAAUCAUCUGGAUCCGAGGGGAGCUUUCAAAACUAUACAGGAGUAUGAGUGUGUGUGUGUGUGUGUGUUUGUGAGUUUGGCUAAUACAGGCCCUUUGCUUCUUCCUCACAUUUGCUUUCCUCCUUUAUUUAUCCUGCAACUCCCUUAUGCCUCUUUGCUCCGCUUUACUCAUCCUGUUCAUCCUUUCAUCUUUCCGCCUGUCCUCCCUUGCACAAGGGUGUGCACGACUCAAGCUUGGACGCCACCUGCGACAUCAGUAUACUCUGGUUUUAAUACUCACUCUGGCUCAUGUCUGGAAGAAGACACGUCCACAUCCGAGUUUUUGCUGUUCAUGUUGGAGAUCUUUAUUUAUUUUGCAGUAAUGUACCUAGGUGAGAAGCAGGGCAGCUUUACUGUCUUGGUUGUCAUUUUUAUUACGAUGGAGAGAAGUGUGUUGGCUCUUUCCAUCCAAAACAUAAUAUUGUUCUCUUUUUCUGCCAGUCUUUGUAUUUCACUGCUAUAGUAACUAUUUCAAAUACCACCUCAGAUUGUGUGUUUUAGGAAGGAGAAAAAAAACAUAUACAUCAAUAUCACAUCAGAGUAGAUUCAAUAAAACAUCCUGUCCAAAGACGAAACACUAAAGAAAGAAUGGUUUUCUUGCAUGUUUAUUUUAUUUUUGGAAACUAGGUGCAAAAAACAGGGACAUAAAUGAUCAGGUAGGGUCAGUAUACAGUAUCAGUAUACAGUAUGUUUCUGAUAUAAUGUUUCCGGUUCUACUGCCAUACCAAGUCUGACCAAAACAGGUUUUGCUGGGGGUUAAUUAGCAUUAAAUUCUAUCUCAUAUGUUUUUAGAUUUCUAAGCACCACAAUUAUUUUUAGACUAGACAAUGUUAUCUAAACAUAUGACAUUUUCAAUUAUUAUUCCAAGAACCUGGUGUGUUUUGGGUCUUUAUUGAUGGUUUAUCAAACGAACGUGUGGUGCGGUGGUGUAUGGGGUGUGGAGCGUUCCAGGUCCUGAUCUGUGUGUUUGUGUAUGAGUGUGUGUGUGUGUGUGUGUGUGUGUGUGUGUGUGUGUGUGUGUGUGUGUGUGUGAAAGUGUGUGUGUGAGCGUGUAUGGUGGGGGACAGCACUGUAGCCUGCCCAAGGCUACAUCCAUCUCAGCAAGGUGUGGGGGGUGAGAUUAAAGAAUAAAAACAACAAUAACUAUACCAACUUGUAGAAACCAGUGUGUUUGAAAGCAAUGAAACUGACACCAAUAAAACAUCUAGAACAUUUAAUACAA